AAAAAGCAAAAAGAGACGAAGUUUCAGAUAUUUUUUUCAUGGAAAACUGAACGGAUCACUGAUCUGGAAACAUGUACGUGGCUACAAGAGAAAUAGCAGAACAAAAUAAAAUGUGGUCGUUGUGGUGUGAUCGUCGUGUGAACUUUGAUGUCGUGAACUCCCCAAAUGUUCUCUCCACUCCAUGAUGUUUCUCAGAUUUCAGGCCUGAGCCAGACAUCGUAGCCACAACAUGUGCAAGUUUUGAUACUGACCUGUCAUCCAACAAUCUCAGCAUCAUUGAUUGGAUAAAAAGCUUCUAGACUAAUUGGGAAAACUCUGUCCUCGUGUACAAUGUGAAGGUAUAUUCACGAUGAUCGCCUUUUCCUAUCCUGCCUGGCGUCAAUUUUACUGAGGUGAGGAUGGAGCACUUGUGGAUUUCCCGGGCUUAAAGCAAUGGAAGAAGUGAACUCGGCUUUUGUCGGAGACGAUGGGCAAUUGGAGGACAUUGGCGGGCCCUUAACGUCACCAAAAACACCGUCUGUGAAACACGAAAUCGACUAUUCGACAGCAACAAAGAGACCACAGAUAGGAGCUGCUCUUGCCGCGGCUUUUAGUGCCUUCCUACUGGGAACGACGUUAGGUUGGUCGUCACCCGUUCAGCCACAACUGCAACACAUUGCUGCUGGGAGUUUCUACCCGAAUGAUAAGCAACUCGCAAACAUUUGGUACAUAGAACUGGACGAUAACCAAAUGUCGUGGGUUGGUUCAUUGUUGAAUAUUGGCGGUCUGCUCGGAGCCCUCAGCGGAGGAUUUUUAAUGGACAAAUUUGGCCGUCGAUUUGUCCUGAUGAUGAUGACUGCACCGUACAUCAUUGGAUGGCUGAUGAUUUCACUUGCUGUCGACUCAAGUAUGUUGUAUGUCGGCCGUGUCGUUGUGGGUUUUUCUGGAGGCGUUUGUACGGCCAUUGCCCCCUGUUACAUUGGAGAGAUAUCAACCCCUACCAUGCGAGGAAUAGUUGGUUUUUUCUUUGCGUUCAACCUGUCAUGCGGUGUUCUGGUUACUAGUGUGAUGGGAUUAUGGAUACACUGGCGCUGGUUAUCGGUCAUUUGUACAAUCAAGCCCAUAAUUUUCCUAGUGGGCAUGAUAUGCGUUCCCGAAUCGCCAUAUUUUUUAAUGAGAAAAGGGAUGCAAAGUGAUGCUUUUGGAUCUCUUGUCUGGCUUCGGGGAUCUGCCUACAACAUUAAAGCAGAAUUACAUCAAAUAGAAACCCGAAUCCUUGAAGAUUCCAAAGAAACUUGCAAAAUUUCCGACGUCUGUCAACCGUGGGUGUUUAAACCUAUUCUGAUUGGAGUAGCAUUGAUGGUAGUUCAACAGUUCUCUGGACUGAACGCCUUGUUGUUUAAUGCCGCAGAUAUUUUUAGGUUGGCAAAUUUCAGCUUUGAUCGUCUCAUCGGCGUAGUUUUGAUAAAUGUUGCACAGGUUUCAGCAGUGGUUUUGUCUUCCGCCGUACUUGUAAAAAGGCUGAAUCGAAGAACGUUGUUCAUCAUCUCAGAGGGAAUUGCUGGUCUUUCAACGCUUUUAAUGGGUGUCUAUUUUCAUUAUUCGGGUCGCCCACAUUCUCAGGAGAUAGUCAACUUUAAAUGGAUCCCAUUGACCGCUAUGAUUGUCUAUUCUGUGGCUGUAGGUUUAGGAUUGGGAGCACUUCCGUGGCUCAUAUCCAGUGAAAUUCUACCGCCAAGGUUCAGGGGGCCUGGGAGCUCGAUUGUCGCUUUCACCAAUUUUGCGAUGUCAUUUACAGUCACGAAAACAUUUGUCGACAUGAAUCGGGUCAUGACACACGCUGGUGUGUUCUGGUUUUACUCUGGGGCCUGUUGUUUGGGCAUUAUGUUUGUCUUGUUUCUCCUACCCGAGACGAAAGAUCGGACACCACUUCAGAUCGAAGUUUAUUUCAGAUCCCGAGUGAAGCGCAUUUCUUCGUUACCAAUUUUGACACCUAAAUGAUUUCUUUUGAAGUUACUUUACCCAUUGAUAUUUGCUAAUUGGUCGAUGGCAGUAUAUUUAAAUAACACGGAAGUGUCUUUCUCUUGCGACUUUUGUUUGUAAAGCUGUCUCACAAAGGCGGAAUAAAAAUGGCAGGAAUAGUUUUAUUUA